GUCAGUGUAGUGUGGUCGCUCUGCGCGAGGGCCCGUGAGGAAGUGGCCGCCCCGUUCGCGCAUCGUUUAGCGGCUAAAGCAGCUCCAGCGCGCGCGAUGCCGGUGGCCGUGACCAUGGGCGACUACGGCAAGCUGCUGGAGCAGAGCGAGACGCAGGAGCUGGAGGCUCCUGGUGGCAUCGCGACCCCGCAGGUUUACUCCCAGUUGCUGGCUCUGUAUCUUCUCCACAAUGACAUGAACAACGGCAGGUACCUCUGGAAGCGGAUUCCCCAGGCCAUCAAGGCGGCAAACCCAGAACUGGCGGCUAUUUGGGCCGUAGGACAGCGGAUUUGGCAGCGGGACUUCCCAGGAAUCUACAGCGCGAUCGCUGCCUACCAGUGGUCCGAAACCAUUCUGCCUGUAAUGGAGUCUCUAAGAGAGUCUACGCGCAGGAGGGCAUAUGGCCUCGUAGCCCAAGCUUACACCUCAAUCAGCGCAGAGGAUUUUGCCUCUUUUGUGGGAUAUUCCGUUGAAGAGGCUGUAAAGGGUGUGGUCAGUCAUGGGUGGCAGGCGGAUCCCAACACCCGGAUGAUAAUGCCGCAGAAACCAGAUCCACCCCCGGUCUCUUUGGUUCCAAACGAGCAGCAGCUGGCCAGACUCACUGACUACGUGGCUUUUCUUGAAAACUGAUAAAUCCCACUCUCUCCCCACUCUCUCGUACUCCGUUAGUCCGUCGUAUGGAGGACAGAAGAACGUUCAUCUUGUUCUUGGCCGAGGCGUUUGCUGUAAAGCGUGGGAUCUUCUCACUCCUCUGCUUAUGCAUUGUUUCUUGAAGCUUAGAUUAACAGAAAACAUCUUUACCCCACAGUUUUUAUAGAGGGCUGAAAUAUGAAGUGAGUCUUUAAAAAAACUGCAUCUUGACCAUUUGAUGCUCCACGUGAGUUUCUUGUGGGUAUUUUGAUUAAUCAAAUCAUUUGUGAUCCAAUAAAUGUAAAUAUUUUGGUCAAAGUAAUGCUCCUCA